AUGCCCAGACCGCUCAAUUUGCACAAGUCGUAUGCUCACCGACUAGCAUGCCGCUCGCUCUACAGGGCACUCCUUAAACAAUGCGCCGAAUUUCCCACUGCCAGUCCUGAGAGCCUAGCCUCUCCUUCGAAGACGGUUCAAACCCUGCAAUCUCUCGUCCGAUAUCGUUUUCGCCGAGACCGAGCUCUCUCAUCACCAUUUUCCAUCAUCAACGGGCUGGACACUGGUAACAGGGUCCUCAGUCUUUUGCAGCAAUGCACUCUGAAAUCACCAGUGGCGUUGAGCCAGCUCAGCACUCUGCUGGGCUCGAUCAGCAGACGGGCAAGUGAGAAAGAUGCGGUGGCGGUACGCAAUGCCUCCUUCUGGAAGGCUCCACCAGUUCAUCGGCAGGCGCACAUCGCACACCACCAACAUCUUUCGCGUAAAGAUGUUCAAAUCGGAACACCCGGGAAUCCAGUCAUCUUUCAGCACCCGCGGCCCCUAGCCGACUUGUACGGUACGGUUCGCAAGGUGCCGAGAUAUAUCUUGGCCAACGGGAUUCCGCUGCUCAAAUACCCUGGCCCGCAGCCGGCCCUGAUGAACAGAGUGCUCCGCCAAAAACUGCUCUGGCAGAUCAAAAACUUUGAAAAGCUUCGCGCUCUGCAGCAGGGGGUCCAUCUCGCCGAGACCGAGGAUGACUGGGAUCAAAUCGUCCAGGACCACUUUGGAAUCGACGAGGACCAGGUGGCGGAAGCUGAGUUGACAUCACCACCGCUUCCAACCAAUGGGCAGUGGCAGCAGCAUCGGCAGCAGCGAAAUCAAGCAUCUCGUAAUACAGACCGUACUAAAUCUCCAGACUCGUGGACAAGAACGUGGACCAAGGCUGUGAGAGACGUGGGAAAAGCCUAUGCUGAACGACAAAAGCAGCAAUUUGAAAUGGGUCGCAAGCUUUACCAGGUUUUUAAAGACGAGCGCGACUUAAGAGAGACGGAGCGAAGAGCUGCCAAACAUGAGAGGAGAAUGGCCAGGAAAAGAGCACAAGGUCUGCCGGAGUCGCCUUGGGACCAAGUUGUCGAGACGCCUACUCAGCUUGGGAUCAAAAAGGAAGAUGGUGAGUGA